UGAAGCGGGCUCCAUCGGUCAUCGGGGGACAAGAACUGAAGGAGGCCCUGACCAAGGAGCCCUCAGAUCUCGAGCUGGUAUUGUCAAAGCCGGCCGCGGGUUGCCGGAGCGUCUCAGCUGAGGGCCCCGCCCCGCCCCGCCCCGCGGCCGAGGGUGAGGUAAAAGGGCCUGUAUGAUGAUGAAGCCUUCACUAAUCCCCUGAAUAUUCCAGAUAUGUCCUCCAGAAGCCCCAAAGAUUUCGUAAAAAGUAAAUGGGGAUUAAAGACUAGCACCUCCAAGUCUGAAACUGAAUUAGAGAAAUUCAAGAAAGAAAAUGCAGCCCUUAAAAAGUCUGUGGAAGAAAAUGCAAAUGGAAAAGGAAAGUUGGCAGAAAAAGAAAGACACAGACUUCUAGAGAAAAUACUUGCCCUUGAAAGUGAAAAGGAGAAGAAUAGUUACCAUCUGGUAGAGAAGGAAAAAGAAAUACAGCGAUUAAAAGAACAACUGAAAUCUAGAAAUAGCACUGGGUCAUUACUGAAUCAAUUAGAAGAAAAAACCAAAGAGGCGGAAAGAAGAGAGCAACUCUUGAAGUCUUUAUCAGAAGAGACCGACAUUUUGAAAAAGCAGUUGUCUGUAGCAACCACAAGACUAUCAGAACUUGAAAGCAAAGCCAGUACACUUCAUUUAUCACAGAACAUGGCAACAAGUUUCACUGAAUCACCUGUGGUUAAUAUUCAUGCAGUGGAAAUACAGCUGAAAGACGCUCUGGAGAAAAAUCAGCAGUGGCUAAUAUAUGAUCAGCAGCGAGAGGCUUAUGUGAGAGGACUUAUGGCAAAAAUCUUUGAAUUGGAACAGCAAUCAGAAGCAGCUGCUCAUUCACUCCAACAACAAUCAAAAAAGAAUGACUCAGAAGGUUUUCUUCAAGAAGAGAAGCAAAAAUACUACAACCAUCUCUUGAUGAAUGUCAGAAAGGAUCUGGAGGCUGAACGACAAACUGUAACCCAGUUGAGUUUUGAACUUAAUGAAUUCCGAAGGAAAUAUGAAGAAAGCAAGAAAGAAAUUUUAGAUUUAAAUAACCUGUUGUCUUCUUUAAGAGAGGCUGAUGUACAACAUAUGGAAGAUAACAAAUACAAAACAGAGAAAAUACAAAAGUUAAAGAAAGAGAAUGAAAUUGUCAGAGAGAAACUUGAAGAAGAAAAAAAAAGAUCUGAGGAUCUGUUAUCUCAGGUCCAGUUUCUCUACACAUCUCUACUAAAGCAACAGGAGGAACACACAAGGGUGGCUUUAUUGGAACAACAGAUCCAAGCUUGUACUAUAGAUUUUGAGAAUGAAAAACUUGAUCGUCAGAACAUGCAGCAUCAAUUGCAUAAAGUUCUUAAGGAACUAAGAAGAGCAAGGGAACAAAUAACUCGAUUGGAACCUUUGAAACAACUCCAGGAAUAUGUCCACAUAGAGCCAUCUGACCUUUUCCCAGGAGAACAUGAGGAAAAGUUAAAAACUGAUUCACCAAAGCGCUCCAAUCUGUUAGAUGAGAGCUUCUUAGAAUGUCCUAAAUGUAAAGCACAGUACCCAACGAGUCAACACAGAGAAUUGUUAGCUCAUAUUGAUUUCUGCGAAAACUAGCAAGUAACUAAGAAGUGUUCAUCGUUUGAAUCCACCUGCUAAAAGAUAGUGAGCCACACAUUGGAUGGCAAACCAGACAUCCUUGAAGGAUAGCUUGAUGGUGUGAAGAUACUAGACCAGACUCCCAGGUGUCCACCCACCUCCCUCAAAAAUAACAGAUUUUCUUGAGGCAAGAAUUGAAUAGUGGUUAGCAGAACAUCGGAUUUCUAAACUUAAUGUUACCGGCUGGCUGAAUUUUUGAACCAAGUUUAGUGAUAAAGUGCCAUGACAUAGACAGUUAAAGGAGAAAAUCAAUUAAUUGUAAGUAAGAUCAAUAAAAAAAUCAUACAGAUUCAAUUUAA